AUGGCCAUGGCUUGGAUGCCCCGAAGGAAGCGCGCGGCGUUGGGAAUUGCGUUUGCCCUCGGUGGGGCUGCGCUGUUCACCGCGCCGCUGACCAGUGUCUCCGUGGGGUCGGGGCCGUCUCGAGGCCCGAGUGGUGCGUCGGUGAACAUGGGUGCCCUGGUGCUUUGUGCGAUCAUGUGUGCCUACUACAUCCUCUGUUGGCAUGAUGCGCGGGUGGCGCGAGCUCGUGAGGCGAAGGAAGUGGAGGACGCCUCGGCAGCUCCGGCGAAGAAGCCGCGCAUUGGGGCAUUGGACAGCCUGAGGUUCAUACUGAUUGCCUACAUCGCCUCCGGCCACUUCAUCCACACGGCAACGCACAACCCCUUCUUGCUGAGGUUCAUCUCGCAGAUCAAUGUAGUCGUGGGCGCGUUCUUCGUGAUCUCCGGCUAUGUGGCUGCCUACACGACCACGGAGCUCGGACAGCGAAAGGGCUCCAAGCGCUUGGACAAUGCUGUGGAGUUCGUCAUCACCCGAAUCAUGGGACACUGGCCAUUGCACCUCAUGGUGCUGCUGCUAUUCUCUCCCGUGUUUCUCUUCGUCGACCUCUCCUUUCACGGGGUGGCAACGGCGGCUUGGAAUGGGUUCAUCUCCAUCUUCAUGCUCCAGGCAUGGUUCCCCACCUCCGCGGAGGUAUGGAAUGCGCCCACUUGGUUCCUCUCGGCGCUGUCCUUCGCCCUCAUGGUGCUUCCCUACGGACUUCGCAUCCUCGCUGGGCAGAAGAAGGAAGAGCUCAGGAGAAGCCUCGUCAUCCUAACUCUGCUGAGCUUGGUGCCCAAGGUGGCCUACAGCAACGACCUCCAUGCCUGGGGCAUCAUGGAGGGCAUGCUGAAUGCCAAGACCCACCCCAACUACGCGCUCUUCAACAGCGUCCGCUUCAGCCCCCUGGGGGCGCUGUUCGAGGUCCUCAUGGGGGCCGUGGCCUGCCGCCUGGUCAUGUUGGACAAGCCGCAGGAACAAGUGAGGAAGUCGCCAAGCUCCUUGGCGCCAUUGCUCGCCAUGAUCGGAGUCCUCGGUCUCCGCGCCACGGGCGCGGUUGAGCUGAACGACAUGCUCACGCGCAGCGCCAUCUUCAUCCCCUUGUGGAUUGUGUUCCUGAUGCGCAUCCACCGUGAGUCAGCCGCCCCAGGAGGCUCCAAGCUCUUGCCGAACUUUUUCUGCAAGCAGCCGCUGGUUUUUCUGGGCGGAAUUUCCUUCCCCAUCUUCAUCGUGCACCAGCCCAUCGGCCAGAUCUUCUACAAGAAGGCUGUCGCUACCGCAAUCUUGGGCCACAGCCUCGCGAGUCCGCAGCCAAGUGGCCUGCACUGGUUCUUCGGCGUCUACUGGCUCAUCGUGCUUUUUGUUGCGUACUUGCUGCAGAAGCUCUUUCUGGAGAGCACGCGCGUGCAAAACGCGUCAAAGUCGACGGUGACCUUUCUCAUCAGCAAGCUUGGUGGCUGA